AUUCAUACUUGUAUGCACCCAGCAUCAUAAUUACUUGUGACUAAUGAUGUCAUCAAAAUGUGGAAUUUAUUCAACCUACUCAAAGUAAAACAGUUUUAAAAUUCUUAUUAUUUUGAUCAUGUAUCAAAUAUUUGUGGAGAAUGUACAAUUUAGACUACUCAUAAUUUUAUCAGUAGUAUUAUAUAUCAGAGAAUUGCAUGGAUUACAUAUAUCAACUGAAAAUGAUGAGCUAAUCUUCUCUAGAAAUGAAACACUCCUCCCUUCAUGGUCAUCUUAUUAUACGAAAACAAAUGGCGGUGCGUUUAAUCCUCAAAUCGAUAAUCAUGUUGAACAAAAUUAUUGGAUUGAAACAUUGGUAUUCGCGGAUCAUACAGUAAUGGAUCGCUUUGAAAAUAAGAAAAUGGCAGAAGACUAUGUUAAAACAUUGAUUAAAAUGACUGAUGAACUCUUUCAUCAUCCAUCUUUGGGAGUUAAUAUGAGCUUAGUUAUACAAGAUAUUAUAUGGGUCAGUGAAGCUGAGUCAAAUGAACUUCUAUGGGGUGUAUCACUGAUACGUUCUGUUCAUCGAUUUUGUAAUUGGGCACUGACUCAUCAUUAUGUACGAUAUAAUUAUGAUCAUGCCUUAUUCUUAUCAAGAAAUAUUGUACAAGCAGCUGGUAUAUCUCCGCUUAGUCAAAUGUGUCGAAUGCAGUAUUCGUGUACACUGGCAGAAGACAGUGGAUUCUUCUCUGCUUAUCCAAUUGCGCAUGAAAUUAUGCACAGUCUUGGUGUUGAACAUGAUGGUGAAGGGAAUAGUUGCGAUCGUUCCGGUACAACAGGAAAUAUAAUGGCACCAUUAAUUCUAUCUGCAGGACAUAAUCAUCAUUGGAGUGAUUGUACACGAUUGGUACUUCAAAAUGGUCUUGAAUCGCAGAAAUUCACUUGUCUUCAUGACUUUCCAAUAUUUAAACGAGAAUAUAUAACAUCUGAUCUGCCUGGUUGGAAAUGGUCACUUGAUCAACAAUGUUUCGUUAUCUCUGGAUCAAAUGUUAGCCGACAUUGUCCUGGAGUUGAAGAACAUGCAUGUCAAGAGUUAUGGUGUUCCAUGACAGGUUCAAAAGAUCAUUGUGAUCGAAUGUUAAAUCAUGGCCUGCUGGACGGUACCCCAUGCGGUAAAAAGAAGGAAUGUUACCAUGGUAAAUGUAUUGAUGUGCAAUCUGAGAGAAUAGGAAGAUAUCAAUCGGCAUAUCAGUAUACACCUUGGUCUGCUUGUUCACGGAAAAAUGCGAUUGGAACACGUUAUCGGACAAGAAAAUAUUUGAAUUGUACAAGAAAUAAGUGUGAAUACAGUGAUAAUGAGAAUACAAUUGAAUAUGAGUUAUGUAACAUUGUUACUAAUGAAGAAUAUUCAAAGUAUAUCGAUUAUAGAGAAGAACAAUGUUCACGAUUCAAUAAUUUUAAAUUGAAAGGAGUACAUCAUAAAUGGUUACCUUAUAUUUAUCCUCAAAGACCCUGUCAUUUAGGUUGUUAUUCAUUGCAAAAUGGUCAAAUAUUUGAUGCAUCCAUGUCAGUACGUGAUUCAACACCGUGUUCCUAUGACAACCCAGACGCACGUUGUAUUCAAUCUGUUUGUGUUCAUUUUGAUUGUUUGGGCAAAGUAAACGGCACUGCUGUUAGAGAUCAAUGUGGCGUAUGUCAAGGGGAUAAUUCUACUUGUCACCUUAUACAGCAUACAAUUCAACGGACGCUUCCAGCAGAUGAAAAUUAUCAUAUGUUGUAUAUUAUUCCAAGAUAUGCAAGACAUUUAAGAAUAAUUAAAAAUCAUGGAAAUCAUGUUCUAGGUCUAUUCGACAUGCAACACUUUGAAUUCUUUCUUAAAGGGGAAGAUUUCAAGUCUGGAAGUAAAGCAAGACGUGUAUAUUUUGCUACAGAGUUUAUCUAUGAUCAAAGAUAUAAUGAAGGGAGUAAUAAUUUGGGGAAGGAAUCUGUUCAGAUUUAUAGUAAAGGAACAAUAUUCGGUGAUAUUGCCAUUCAGGCUAGAAAUUUAGACAGUAAGUUGAGAACUGAUGAACUUAAACUACAAAUCAACUAUCUAUUACCAAAAGAACAAGAAAGCAAGAGAAAAUGAGCAUAGAAACAAAGACUGGGGAAAAAAAGAGAGCGACAAAUUGUAAUUCACACACAAAUAUAAUAUACUGAUU